ACAAAUCCGGAGGUGUGCAGAGAAAAAAGCACAAGAUUUUGAAGCAUCAUGACAAAGUUCGAAACAUUCGUCUUGCCUGAUUUUCCUUCAACAUUAAGUUCAAUCCCGGAUCGAGUGGCCGUCAUAGGAGUAAUCGGAAAAUCUUCUCAAAGAGCAUUACCAUGGGGCGACAAAGGAGCACCUUUGAGUGUGCCCCCGAACGGGUCACAUUAUCCGAAGACGCCGAACAGCCAAUACAACAUUACCGGUUACUACGACCACGACAGACGAGCAGUGUUUCUCCAACUAUGUGGUCCCAUGGACACCUCUCUCCUCCUGGACUGGCUCCAGAAGCGUUCAGAAGACGACAGCAAACUAUCAUCACCGAAGAAGACUAAAAAUAAAACCACAACCACCAGCAAAGAUAUUGCCAAACAUCUAGAAAAUAAGUUAACUAAAAUCGUGUCCGAUGAAAAGGCCAAAAGUUGCGAUAACGAUGAUAACAAGGAGCAUCAGAAGUCUGAGGAAGAUGAUGACGGAGAGAAAAAGACUGAGGAUGAUGAUAAAGGUGAUGAUGAUGGUGAUGAGUCGUGUGAUGCCGGUGGUGUUUUGAGUACCGGUGAUGCUAGUGAUGUUAAUGAUGAUGAAGAGGAUGAUGAUGAGGAGGAUGAUGAGGCUGAGCCGUUCUUGGAUAGUUUGGAGACUGUGGACUUUUUGACGUUGCACGCUGAAAUGAGGGUAAAUAGAUAG